CUUCUUAUGUAUCAUUCACAAUAAUUGAAUUGUUUUUGUUUUUGGCCCGGUGUUUGACCUAGUUAAUUAUAGUCAGUUUUAUCUACACCUUUUCCGAUAUCUACCAAUAUCGGCACUUCAGGCCGUUAUCAGUUCACUUGCACAUUACACCUUUGAUACUAGUUAUGCCGCUUCUGCCACAAUAACAAACUAUUCAUUAUUUAAAAACUCAUGUGAAAUACCUACUUAGCAUAACAUAUUCGUACGUUAGUGAUGUUUGUGACCUGUGAAGUGUAAAACAUUAAUAUUUUCAAUGGAGAACAACUCGUACCGGCCGAUCGAGCAGGGGUCCAAUGCGGUGUCCAUAGACAUGGACCUGCUGCAGGUGGGGUCAGAGCCCGUGGGGCUGCGGUGUCCGUACUGCCAGGAGGACGUCAUGACGCGGGCCAACUACGUGCGCGGGAGACUCACGCACCUCGUCGCGGCCGUGCUGGCCAUCUUCUGCUGGGCUCUCUGCUGCUGCCUGGUUCCGUACGCGGUGAAGCGCUGGAAGAACGUGGAGCACUACUGCCCGCGCUGCCACCGGUUCCUCGGCGUCUACACACGGUCCUCGAUUAUUUAGCAUUUAACAUAUUUAUUAGGUGUAUAAUUUAAGAUAAGGUAUAUGAUAGUGGUAAGUAUAAUAGAAACAGAUUUUUUAGUAAAGUGGUAAGAUGUUCACACACUCGACAUACUACAUAAUAAUUAUAUCUCGUGAAAAUAUUUCAAAUACAAGAUAUUAUGUAUGACGAGUCGAGCGAAUGUCGGGGAUACAUAACGCAAGACAUAAGACAGUGAAUAUGCAACCAGAUUCAAGCCUGGGAGUUUCGGAGAUUCCAAACUUUUCUUAUCGUGUCGGUGAGAAACACUAGAGCUAUACUUACACUAGGGUUUGCACAGUAUCGAUAGGAUUAGUCAGUCGGAUUUGCCUAGGCCAGGAUGUGCUGGACGUAUUUUAAGUAAGUACAGUACAUUUAUUCGUCACUCGAGGAGGCUCUUUUAGUGAAUUCCACUAAUUUAAAUCAGAUCAUAAAUUAUUUUUUUCAUCGGUAGGGCAACUCGGGCAUCAUUCGCUGUUAAGUUUGAGUUAACUAAUAAAUAUCUUAGUGUAAGUUUAAACAUAUUAUUAUUUAUUUGUAGGUAAGUACUUA